AUGGCUGAUUAUCGUGAAUCUCAUAGUCCUAGCCAUGAAAAUAUUACUGGUAAUGGUGGUACUAUCAAGAACUGUAACGUUACCCUUUUCUCUCUUUCUUCAUCAAAGUCUACAUCUAAUAGCACUACCACCACCACUGAUCCGCUUCACCCAGUAACAAUUAAUCGAAGUAGUAAUAAUAGUGAACCGAUGAGUGUAAUUAACCAACUUGAUCUGAAUCAAAAGUUGAAAGAAAAGAAAACAGGUGGAUGUGAUGAUAAUGAUUAUGUGAAUCCUAGUUUCAUUCAUCAUUCAUUAUCAUCAUCAUCCAAAGGUGCAAAUGUGAGUGAUUAUGCAACAAAAGAGACGCUGAAAACUCAUCAAGUUGAAAAUGCAGCAUGUCCAAUGAAGGAGAGUCUAAUUUGGCCAAAACAAAAUCUCAAAAGGUAUGAUCAUGAUUUUCUCUUUAAAAAGAUUGAUGGGUCUUCUGUUUCAGAAAAUAUUUUUGAAAAAGUAGUGUUGCGGCCACAAGGAGGAGUGGGAAGAGGAAUAAGAACAGUGUAUCACAACAAUAACAACAACAACGAACCAAUCAAAAACAACAUCAAUCAACAGCACCAUCACCACAAUGAUUCAGACAAUAAUAAUAAUCAAAAGAAGAAUUAA